UGUAAUCUUGUACUAAUAAGAUUUUUCUUAGUCAUAUUGAAUGUGGUAAAUAAACAUGUCUAAUUCAGUGAUGCCAAUAGUUGAUCUCUCCCCGUUCUUUUUACGAGAUGAAGAUGGCCAGAGAAAGGCAAGAGAAGUGAUAAACGAAGCAUGUAGUCGAUAUGGCUUCUUCCAAAUUAUCAAUCAUGGGGUGCCUUUGGACCUUAUGAGCCGCGCCUUAAAACUAUCAAAGUCCUUUUUCGAGUGUCCUGUUGAAGAGAAAAUGAACUGCUCUCCAUUGCCAGGGGCGCCUUUUCCUGCAGGCUAUAACCGAAAACCAAAUCCAUCUUAUGAAUUUGCAGAGUACUUGGUCAUGCUUCACCCUGGAUCCACCUUCAAUGUUUUUCCUCCCAAUCAUCCACAGCUCCAAGAAGUAAUGGGAGAUUUAUUCAAUCAAUUCGUGAAGAUCGGAGCAAUUUUAGAAAGCAUCCUUAGUGAAUCAUUGGGUCUGCCUCCAAGUAUUCUUCAAGAAUUUAACAAUGAGAGGAAUUCUGAUGUAUUGACAGCAUUGUAUUAUUUACCAGCAACAGAGAAUGAGAAAAUGGGAAUAAAUUCACAUAGAGAUGUUGGAUGUAUAACAUUUGUGUUACAGGAUGAAGUUGGAGGGCUUGAAGUUCAAAAAGAUGGUAAUUGGAUCCCAGUAACCCCCAAUAAAGGUGCCCUUGUUGUUAACAUUGGUAUUGUUCUUCAGGUGCUGACGAAUGACAAAUACAAGAGUCCAAAUCAUAGGGCGAUGAGACCGAAUGGGAGAUCAAGAAAUUCAUUUUCAUUCUUCUAUAAUGUAUCAGGGGAAAAAUGGCUUGAACCCCUUCCCCAUUUCACUAAGCAAAUUGAUGAGAAACCAAAUUAUAAGGGAUUCAUUUACAGUGAUUAUUUACAAAAACGCAACGAAAAUAAACUCAAACGUGCUGCUGGACUUGAAGAAGAUCUUGGUUUAUCUCAUUUUUCACUCACUAGAUCAAUAGAAAAUCAUUAAAUUUGUGUUUUAUCAAUCAUUGUUCCCCUUCAUUUUAAAUAUAAACUCAUGUU